GCUGACCACGCCCCCAGGCCCAGUUUGGUGGGGACUAUGAAAGCGGCUAGGGGGCUACACAGUCCGGGUGAGCAUCGAGCAGUGGUUCCCUUGAGACGUUCGUGCGGCCUGUUCUGCGGCCCUGCUGGGGAGGACUCGAACCCGCUUCGGAACUAAUAGGAAGACGCGAUUUCCAAAGCCAAUUAUGAAAACGUUUGUCAUUGGAAUUGGUGGUGUGACAAAUGGCGGGAAGACAACGCUGGCUAAGAAGUUGCAGAAACACCUUCCCAAUUGCAGCCUAAUAUCUCAGGACGACUUUUUCAAGCCAGAGUCUGAGAUAGACACAGAUGAGAAUGGAUUUUUGCAGUAUGAUGUGCUUGAAGCGCUUAACAUGGAAGAAAUGAUGUCAGCUGUUUCGCGGUGGAUGGAAAACCCAGGGCGCUCUGAGGAACCCACAGCUUUGAAAAGCACUCAGGGGGUUCCCAUUUUAAUCAUUGAGGGGUUCCUUCUCUUUAAUUAUAAGCCACUGGACACCAUAUGGAACAGAAGUUACUUCCUGACCGUCCCGUAUGAAGAGUGUAAGAGGAGGCGGAGUACAAGGGUGUAUGAGCCUCCUGACCCUCCAGGGUACUUUGAUGGCCACGUGUGGCCCAUGUACCUAAAGCACAGACAAGAAAUGAACUCCAUCACGUGGGAGAUCGUUUACCUAGAUGGAACAAGAUCUGAAGAGGACCUCUUUUCUCAAGUGUAUGAAGAUGUCAAGCAAGAAUUAAAGAAGCAAAAUGGUUUGUGAGGGACAGCACAAAGAUGGAAUGCAGCAAGUCCCCCUGGGAUGGAUUAAGAAACUUGAAGGACAGCAAACCCUACCUUGGGCAAAAAAGAAACAUGAAGGGAUGUGUUGAAGAACGUUAGCUGGGAUGCAGUGUGUCCUGCAGGGCAGUGGCGGUUCUCCUGUGUCUUUGUUCCUUUUUUAUCACACCUUUCCCAAUCCGUAGAGCAAUGUGUGCCCAUGCCAGGGUUCCUCUAUAAGAAUGGAGGUCAGGUUUUCCUGACUAGGACCUAGCCUGAGAGAAAGGUUUCUGGCUAGUCCACCAGUAUUAUGUUGUGUGUUUCUGCAUUUGUGUGUAUAGUUGUUGUGUCCACGUUUUUAUGUAUAUUUCUGUUGUAUACACACACUCAAACACUAUGAAAGGAGCCUUGUAUACUACACAGCAUUUUUGUGUUUGUAUUGCUUAUAAUAUAUAAUUUGAAAAAAUGCUGCUGUCUGCAAUCUCAUAGCAAUGCCCCCCACCUGCAGUCAGCAGCAUUACCCAAAAUAUUGUUCUGACAUUGACCGAGUCAGCAGUUUACUGCAGCAUCUGGAGACUGUGCUUUGUAGUAGCAGGUUUUUUCUGCUUGACCUGUGUGUCUCUGUGAAGAGACUUUUAUAUCCAUAGAAGGAUUAAGUAUGUUUUACUUGGUUUUCUGAAAAUAGCACUCUGAAUUACAAAAUCAUAGUUUUCUUCAAUCAUAUGUAAAACCAGGGCCUUUCUCUGAAAGUCAUGGGCAGGGGAUAGAAAUUCUUUCAAUGCUGAGA